CUCUCAUUCGAUCUAUAAUGCGCUGAAAAGAGGUUGGAGGAGAACAUCAGCGCAGAGAGCUGUUUUUCUACCCGGUGGCAUCGUCACGUUCCAUUGCUAUCUCUUCCAGUAAAGAAGAAAUAAGAAAUAUGGACAAAUCGCGCAUGAAACGAUGGCCGCAAUAUAUAGCAGCGUUUACAGCCACCUUAUCGAUGGCAUCGGCAGGCUCUCACAUAGGCUGGACAUCGCCGAUACUACCGAUACUGAAGUCUCCAAACUCCCAUUUAGUAAUAUCAUCCAGCGAUGCCUCGUGGAUCGCCUCGUUCGCGCUUCUUGGUUGCAUACCUGGCAAUGUUAUCGCAGCCUUUCUAGUAGAUCGUUGCGGUCGUAAGGCCUCCCUUCUGCUGGCAGCGAUACCAUUCACUGUCAGUUGGAUCCUAAUCAUCGUAGCCUGGACUCCUUACAUUCUCUACAUAGCCAGAUUCAUCGCCGGGAUCGGCACUGGCAUGGUCUACGUCACCUGUCCGAUGUACAUCGGCGAGAUAGCCGACAAGCAAAUCAGAGGAUCCUUGGGAUCCUUCAUAAAGCUGAUGGUCACCUUCGGAGAGCUUUACUCCCACGUAAUCGGACCGUUCGUGUCGUACGAGACCUUGGCCUACAGCUGCAUUCUAAUCCCGAUCAUCUUCUUCCUGACGUUCAUUUGCAUGCCAGAAUCUCCGUACUAUUUGUUGAUGAAAAAUCGCGAGGUCGACGCGAUGAAGAACUUGGGGCUGCUGAAGAGAUACGCCACGCAAGACCAGUUGCAGGAGGACAUCGAGCAGAUGCAGAAAACCGUGAUUCGCGACCUCAACGACAAAGGACACUUCUGGGACCUGUUCAACACCCCUGGCAAUCGAAGAGCCGUGUUGAUCGGGUUUGGUCUCCAAGCUGUCCUUCAAUUCAGCGGUUUGGCCGCGAUCGAAUCGUAUACCCAAGAAAUCUUCGAAGCAGCCGGCGACACGACUCUAUUAGCUGCGGUAGUCGUGAUCAUCCUAAGCGUUCUUCAGCUAGUAGCUGGGAUGGGGGCAGCUGCCUUGGUGGACAAACUGGGAAGACGACCGUUGCUUUUGUUCACGACUUUGCUCGAUGGAUUGACAUUGACCAUCACCGGUGCAUUCUACUUCUUAAAGUAUCAAAUGUUCGUGGACAUGUCCAACGUUGGCUGGAUCCUUCACACCUCUGUAAUAUUCUACGAGAUCUUCGUCGCGUUAGGUUUGAAUCCAUUGUCUUACAUGAUGCUGGGAGAACUGUUCCCUACCAACGUGAAAGGAUUUGCUGUAUCAUUGGCGAACAUGUGGUCCGGUCUUUUAGCGUUCGCCGUUUCGAAACUGUACCAAGUGAUCUCUGACACGUGCGGAGUUUACGUUUCCUUCGGUUGGUUUGCGGUCAGCUGUUUCCUUGGAAUGGUUUUCAUCACCUUCAUGGUACCGGAGACUAAAGGAAAAUCGUUGAUGGAGAUACAAGAGGAGCUUAAUUUUAAGAAGAAAAAAGUAAAAGGCACGAAAGGACAGCAGGAAAUACACGUAAGUACGUUAGCUUAAGUCGAGGAAACCACUAAACUAUAUUCUUGAUUUCCUUCGUUAAUUUGUGUAAGCUCCUUGUCAAUCGCUGCGAAGCGUUAUUGUCAUCAAUCAUUAUUAUUGCUAAUCGAAUCAAUCAGCGAUCGUUAAAUAGUCCGUGAUAAUCGGGCUGAGAAAUGAAUGAAUGAAAAGCGUCCAAGUGUCGUUAUUAGACUGCGGAUAUUUAUCCAAAUUCGUAUAUUUACAGAUACAAAAAACGAAUUGAAACUUAAAUGAAAGUAUGUCUUCUGAACGAUAUAACGUCUAUAUUACCGUUGAUAUUUUACAUACUUUUGCAUUUGCGCGCAUUCUCAUAGAUAUCCACGUAUUUGCAUUUGCCAUAAAUGCAUAAACAUCCGCAGUCUAAUAAUUAUAAAAUGUAGACGCAAACCGAAAACGAGAAUAAUUUGAAAAAGUUAUACAUACCAUACACCGUUACGAAAGUGAGCGUAGAUAUAUUAUUUUUUAUAUGGUUCCUAAAUUUUUCACACUUUCCAAUGUUUACACUUUAAAGUUCAUUUUCAAUUAUAUUAUUAUUCUCUCGCAAUGAAAAUUUAUUUCUUGGUAGCGAAAGGAUAAUUUUGAAUACUCGAUUUUUUUUAUAAAAGUGCAUCUUUGUUUUUAGUAUGCCGUCUAAUAGCUAAUUCUUUAAUCAUCGGGAAACGUGAAUUAUUUAUCUCGCGCAAACAAGUGUCUUUCACGGGAGACGUAACACACAGAUUUAUCACUAUUUUAAAUAACCGUAUGAAAUUCUAUGCGUCAUAUAAAUCCCGUGUAACGUGGACGAGAGACGCGAAUUAAAUUCGACGUAAACGCUUUGCACACAUUUACCUGUUUGCACGAGACGCUGUGCACACAUUUACUUGUUUGCGCGAGUACGAUUAUGUAUCAAUAUUUUGCACCGAUAAAAAGCACGAUAAACUCUUGCAAUUAGUUGGUCUUGUCAACGUUCUUCGUAGCAACUUUUACGAUGGAGAGUGUGGUUCUUUUUCUUUGUUAUUCAUGAUUUCUUAAAGUUCAUUGGAAAAAUCGAAUGCAUACUUAGAAACCACGCUGUAACAUUUGUGCGCUAGUUAGGAUUUCGAUUGUGGAAAGAGCAAACUCGCAUGAUCAUCUUCUUUCCCUUUUAGGCAGGGUUAAACGUUGAGACUGAUAGAUAUUAAAUUAAUCGUAAACUAUAUAUUUAUUCAUCGCCAAGUAUUGUGACAAAAUAAGGAAAGGAGAACUGAUUUUUAUAUGAUAACAAAUUAGAAUACUUCACAACGUCACUUAAUAGCAAUGCAAUUAUUUAAUCCGUGGAUCACUACAGUGCUAAACGUUAAACAAUGUAUUUUAGACGUUCGUCGACCUCUGAAUUCAUUUAACAUAUACGGAACCGAUCUCGGAGCAUAAAAUAAGCUUGAAGUUGAAAGAAAAUUGAUAUCAAUCGAUAUCAAUUGAUAUCAACGGUUAUAUCGAUAUAGUAUAAUUAUAUAAUUACAUACAACUGUUCUAAUUAUAUAUAAUUAUACAAUUAUAUCAUAACAAUUACAAUUAUACAAUUAUAUUGUAUAUAACGUAUAUUGUUAUAAUUAUAUAUUUGUAUUAUAUAUAAAAUAGAGAUAUAAAAGUUGUAUUUAUAUGUAAUAUAAGUGGCACAAUCGUAUCAAUUUUCGUAUGCGUUAUUCACUUAUGUGAAUUAUAUAUUAAAUUACUUGUUUAUUCGCCUUUUAAAUGAAACUGUGCCAUAUAUUGACAUAUGACAUUUACAACAUUGGGUGGUCUGCGGAUUGAAUAUUGAAAUUUUAGAAGGUAAAUAUUCUUUCCUUAUGAGUGAAUAGUCUGGCGAUUAGGAACAUCUAUUAUCCCUUUGAGGCAGGGUGCAAGAGAGAUGAUUAAUAACAUGAUUACGAUUAAACGUUAUCAAAGCGCGCCGCGUAUUGUCGCGAGUGUUUCGAAUUGCGCGCACCAAUUGGCCCUGAUGCAAGAAGGAUUUAGUUGAGCACCGUAGCAUGACUAACUUUAUACAAUAUACACACAAGCGAGAGUGAAACAUAUUACUAUAGGAAUAGCUUCAGCGCAAAAUAUAAAUGGGCUGAAAUUGAAUAUUUGUUAUUAUUAAUAAUGCGUUAUCGCUUAG